AACAGCAAGCGCACGUACGUUGAGCAACAAUCAGAUGCUAAAGGAAAACGGCCGCUUCCGUGUUGUUCUUGUGUUAUUCUGGACGAUAAUAGCUGAAAUCGCUGCCACCCUUCACCCGACAGCGUCCCUGAGGGGUAAUUAUCAUGCUAUUGUGAAGCUAAAAUACGUUUUCAGCCUCUCUCGCCCGAAAUGUCGCUGCUGCAGAGCUCAAAGAAAAAAGACAAGCGUAUUUUGUCUGGUACCUGCCCAGACCCGAAAUGUCAGGCGAGGCUCUUCUUCCCCGCUUACGGCUCCAUUAGCAUCGAGUGCACCGAGUGCGGUCAGCGCCACGAGCAGAGGAACCUGCUGAAUGUCGAGGAGGUAACGGAUCCAGAUGUGGUGCUCCACAACCUCCUCAGAAACGCCCUGCUCGGCGUCACCGGAGCCCCGAAGAAAGGGACGGAGCUGGUGAAGGUGAUGGGGCUCUCUAACUACCACUGCAAGCUGCUGUCCCCGGUGCUCACCCGUUACGGCAUGGACAAACAAACCGGAAAAGCCAAGCUGCUGAGGGACAUGAACCAGGGGGACAUUUUUGACUGCUCUCUGCUGGGGGACAGAGCCUUCCUGAUCGAGCCGGACCAUGUUUCCACCAUGGGAUAUGGGCAGGACAGGUCUGGGAGCCUCAUCUACCUCCACGACACUCUGGAGGAGAUCAAGAAAGCCAACGGAAACAGAGAGUGUCUUAUUCCAGUCCAUGUGGAUGGAGACGGGCACUGCCUGGUCCACGCUGUGUCCAGAGCGCUCGUAGGAAGAGAACUUUUCUGGCACGCCUUGAGAGAGAACCUUAAGCAGAACUUCAAACAGAACCUGGUCCGAUACAAAGCCCUGUUUCAGGACUUUAUCGAUGCUGCAGAGUGGGAGGACAUCAUCAAUGAGUGUGACCCUCUUUUCAUCCCGCCUGAGGGCGUGCCUCUUGGACUACGCAACAUCCACAUUUUUGGUUUAGCUAAUGUCCUCCACCGACCCAUAAUCCUCCUGGACUCCCUGAGCGGAAUGAGGAGCUCCGGGGACUAUUCUGCCACCUUCCUGCCCGGACUGGUGCCGGAGGAGCAGUGCAAGGGAAAAGACGGGAAGCUCAAUAAGCCCAUCUGCAUCGCCUGGAGCAGCUCAGGCAGGAACCACUACGUCCCUCUGGUGGGAAUCAAGAACACGGUGCUGCCCAAGCUGCCAGCCCGCCUGCUGCCGAAGGCCUGGGGUGUUCCCCAGGAGCUCAUCAGGAAGUACAUCAAAUUGGAAUCAGACGGCAGCUGUGUGAUCGCAGGCGACCGCAGCUUGCAGGAUAAAUACCUGAUGAGGCUAGUGAACGCCAUGGAGGAGGUGUUCAUGGAUAGGCACGGCAUCCACCCCUCGCUGGUGGCCGACGUGCACCAGUACGUCUACAGACGGACGGGGGUGAUCGGCGUCCAGCCGGAGGAGGUGACCGAAGCAGCCAAGAAGUCCGUGAUGGAGAACAGGCUGCACCGCUGCCUGAUCUGCGGCGCCCUCUCAGAGCUCCAUGUCCCCUCCGAGUGGCUUGUCCCAGGUGGAAAGCUCUACAACUUAGCCAAGUCCACACACGGCCAACUCCGACCAGACAAGAACUACAGCUUCCCCCUAAACAACGUGGUCUGCUCCUAUGACACCCAGAGAGACAUCCUCGUCCCGGACUACAAACUGAGCGCCCUCAACACUUGCAACUGGUGUCACGGGACAUCCGUGCGCCACAUCCGUGGGAAUGGGUCAGUGGUUUACCUGGAUGGGGACAGAACUAACACCCGGUCCCAGGGGGGGAAGUGUGGCUGUGGAUUCAAGCACUACUGGGAGGGGAAGGAGUACGACAACCUCCCCGAAGCCUUCCCCAUCACACUAGAGUGGGGGGGGCGGGUGGUGCGUGAGACGGUGUACUGGUUCCAGUACGAGACCGACCCGACGCUGAACAGCAACGUGUACGACGUAGCUAUGAAGCUGGUCACCAAGCACUUCCCCGGAGAGUUCGGUAGUGAGAUCCUGGUUCAGAAAGUGGUCAACACCAUCCUGCAUCACACCGCCAAGAAGAACCCCGACGAGUACAACCCGGUUUCUAUCGACGGGGCUCAUGCCCAGCGGCUCAACGACCCGUUGGAGACCCAGCCCACCGCAGACCCGCAGCCCCCCACCAAGAUCAUCCUGACCGGUCAGAAAGCAAAGACGCUGCACAAGGAGGAGCUGACGAUGAGCCGGGCGGAGCGCAGCAUCCAGCAGAGCAUCAGCGAGCAGGCCCUGGUCUCCCAGAAAAGACGCACAGAGAAACUCAAGCAGGAGCAAAAGGGUCAGAUCCGGGACUCUUCCCCUGGGGGGUCUCCAGAAACAUCCUCCUUCUCAGCUCCAGCCACCCCUACCAAGUCCUCCUCCCCCUCUUCCAACAAGGAGAAGAAGAUCCGUGUGACCACCAGCGAUGGCAGGCAGGCCAUGCUGACUCUGCCUGCUCACACCACCUUCUCAGACCUGCAGAGCAGCAUCUCCAACCAGUUUGGCGUUCUUCCGGCCCAGCAGUGCAUUCGUUAUGGCUUCCCGCCCAAAGAGCUGGGUCCUCCGAAGGACGGCGAGGAGAACGAGCCGGUUGUGCUGCAGCAUGGGGACAGGGUGACAGUGGAGAUCCUGAGGGGCUCUGAGGACACGAGCCCCGCGGCCUCCAUCACCAGAGCCUCCAGCUCACACUCGUCCCUCCACUCGGCCAAGAGCGACGACGCCAUGAUGUCCAGCAGGAUGAGCAGCCGGGAACUCCAGGAGAGCAUAGACCUGGAGAUGUCCUCCCUCUGUCUCCUAGCAACCUUGAUGGGUGAGGAUGUGUGGUCGUAUGCUAAGAAGCUGCCUCACCUGUUCCAGCAGGGCGGAGUCUUCUACAACAUCGUCAAGAAAGACAUGGGUCUGAUAGACGGGAAGCACUGCACGCUGCCUCACCUGUCGGGGAAAACCUUUGUUUAUAACGCAGCUGAAGAGCGUCUGGAGCUCUGCGUGGACACUGCAGGUCACUUCCCCGUCGGUCCUGAUGUUGAGGAGCUGGUGAAGGAGGCAAUGAUGCAGCUCCGCUCCGAGGCAUCCACCAGGGGCAGCAGAGAGGGCAGCCCGUCCCACGGCGUCCUGCGACUCGGCAGCGGCGGCGUUGUUCGGAAAAAAGAGCAACUUCAGAACGUCACAGCCUUCCAAGGUAAAGGUCACUCUCUGGGUAGUGCUGGAGGCUCCUCCCCUCCAGAACAUCGGCCUAUCACGCGCCAGCACAGCAGUGGUGUGGACCUGAGCGCCAGCGUGUCCAGAGGACCCCCAGACCUGUCGGACGUCCCCGAGGACGCCACCAGGGAGCUGGUCCGCAUGGCUCCAGGCUUCGUCACCAUGAAGGACGGGCGUGGCCUGGACCCCGGUCUUAUGGAGCAGCAGAGGAGGAAACUGCAGGAGAUGGUCUCCUCCAUCCAGGCCUCCAUGGAGCGCCACCUUAAGGAGCAGCAGAACGCCACUGAUGUGGGGGGCGGGGCCAGCCAGAACCAAACUGCUGCAAUUAAAACCAUCACGGGUCAGCAAGGAGCUACAGUGGAUCAGGAACCUCUGGCUGCAGCAGGACCCGGAAAACCAGAGAAGGGGGAGGAACUGGAGGAGAUGGAAAGCCAGGACGCCGGACAGAGCGGUGCCACCGAACCCAUGGACCACUCCUGAUUGUCCCUAAGCCCCGCCUCCACCAUCUGUGGGUCUCAGUGCCUCAGGUCAGAUCCAAAACUUCAUCAUGUUGUGUCGUUUUUGCUGCAUGACUAAAGAGCGAACUGACUGUCCUCGCUGGGACGCGAGUCGGUAAGAAGAUGUGCUGCGAUACAUCACCAGUCUCCCCCCCCCCCCCCACCCCCCCACCCCACACACCUCCUCGCCUGGCUUGUUAGAAUAGGUUUCCUUCACUUGAUUUGUUGUGAACAGCAGCCUUACAACGUUUCUCCGGGUUGCCGUGGCGACGUGACCUACAGCCUCCUUCCUGCAGACAUCAGGACUUCCUGCUUUAGAAAAGUCUUGAGAGACAAAGCCGUUGGACUUUUGAGUGUGAUGCAUUCCUGUAGAUAAGGUCUUAAUCAGCUGCUGGUCUCAGGCUGCGUCCUGUCCUCCCAACGAUGCUUCCAUCACCAUCCACGUCCAGCCUCACUGGCGCCUUGAUCACUGACCUGCUGCCCCCCACCAGGAGGACUGGUUCUGUUUCCUCAGCAGGGUUCAGAGCCUUUGCCUGCAGUCCAAACAGCACCACCUACAGGACAGGCGAAGGGCUUGGAGCUAGAUUGUUCCAGAGCGGAUGAGUUUGAGCUUCUGUUCUUGUUCCAGACUCAGAUGAGUGACUAAUCAAAGAAAACUAACGGCUGUGAUACAUUCAACACCGAUCCGGCUGGCCCAAACUCGAGCCGCUGGUGUUUUAUUCCUUCUUGUUGCUCACCUGGACUGAAAUCUGUAGCUUUUACCUUCAUCCAUUAAACUUCCUGGAAAAGGUCCCAUAAAACCAGAAAACUUUUAAUCUGAUAAAUGAGUUUAUUACCUGGAAGUUGAGUGUGUCUCUCUGGAUGGAUGUGUGUGUGUGUGUGUGUGUGUGUGUGUGUGUGGCAGACAGGUAGAGGAACCAGAAAACACACUUUCUGCCUGCAGAUCUUCAGGCUCUCUUGUGUAAAUGUCAUUUUCGCAAACAUGACUUCUUAUUUUUUAGCGACUACAUUUCCCAUGAGUCUUCGAGCCUCUGGGGACUGAAGCUUAUUGUUGCCAACAGAAAAAAAGAUGAAGACUUAUUUAUUUUAGGAAAUUUAUAUUUAUAGAAUCGGCGGUGUUCCGUGGAAGUUUAAAGCUAAAUUCCCGUUCUGAUGUGAUUUCCAUCUCAGGUGGAGGUGUGCUAGCUCCACCUGGUUGGAUGACUAUUUGAACUUUACGGUUUGGUUUGUUUCCUUCUAACCUGCAUCAGAAUAAAUGAACCUUUCCUUUUUGGCCUUUAAGACUCCCGUCUGCAGCUCUGGUAAACUCUUGAUUUGAGCAGCAGCCAAAGAUGGUCAGAUUCUUUCCUGUAGAUCAGCCUGGUCCGCCUCCACAUGUGCCUCUUCUCGUGUAGAAACUCGCCCCCUCGGGUUCUAACUCCCGACGGCACUGUUGGGCUAGCCAAGACGAGUAAAAUUACAAUCCGAUCCUUCAGUAAAAAACGCUUCUGUGACUCCCAGCAGCUCUUCAUCAGGACGAAUCAGGAGAUCGGGUUUAGUAGCAUCAACCCAACAAACAGGAAGUGACAUGCAUUGUUAAAACUAUUGAUCUGAUAAAAUAGUUUUGGUUUGACUCAAACUGGAUUCGACUAAAUCCUUGAAUCCACAAAGCUUUUCAUUUUAUUAUCAGACUUUCCUCAAAUCUUCUAUAAAAAGAUUCUGUUGGCGUGUUUUAGCCAACAAACAUGUUUGCAUUCACGUUCACGUCGACAGGAAGGCGGUCCUGUCGACACGAUCAGACGGUUUCAGGCCAUCAUCGUCGGGCCUUAAACUUGAAGCCAAACUGGUUUUAGUAUCAACUUAAAUCUUUGUUUUGGUUUUUAAAUUCAGCUUGUUUAGGUUUUCCUUCUGCAGUAAAAAUGUCUGAAGUUUGAUGUAUGACUCGGCACUUUGAAGGAGCGUUAGCGUAGCCAGAUUAGCUGAACCUGAAGGAAGCCAGACAGACUUGUGGCUGCUCUACUCGUGACAUGAAUUGUAACCCACUUGUAUAAAAGUACAUACUGUAGAAUAUUUGGACCUGUACAGAACCAGAUGGCUUUGUUUUUGGCGACUUCUCUGGUUUGCUAAUAAAAGAUGGACGCCCCUCUGCUUCAUCGCUGUUUGCAUGUGUGACUUUUCAGCACCACCAAUAAAACCACCUCCUCCAGC